AUGUCUGCCACUGCCACAGAAACCCGGACGGAGGCGGUCCUAACGACGCAGGUGGAGGCGGGCUCUACAGCGGCCCCGGCACCCGUGGAGGCCCCUGUUGAGGCCCCUGCAGCUCAGCGCAAGCCGCUGGAGCUGACGGGUGCGCUGGAGCAGUUCCAGUACGAGGAGUCCACGCCUGUGAUUGGCCGCGAGUUCCCGUCGGUCAACAUUGUCGACGACAUCCUCAACGCCAAGAACGCCGACGACCUGCUCAAGGACUUGGCCAUCACAAUCUCCCAGCGCGGCGUCGUCUUCUUCCGCAAGCAGGACAACCUCACCAACGACCUGCAAAAGGUGCUCGUGCAGCGCCUCGGCGAGAUCAGCCAGAAGCCCAAGGAGUCGACGCUGCACAUCCACCCGCUGCUCAACAGCACCAGCGAGUUUGGCGUCAGCGACAACGAGAUCAGCACCAUCUCGUCCAAGGCGUUCAAGAGCUACGCCGAGGCCCAGCGCGACCGCGACGACCGCCACGGCGGCGCCGCCACGUGGCACUCGGACAUCCAGUUCGAGCGGUUCCCGGCCGACUACACCAGCCUGCGGCUGACGGAGCUGCCCAAGACGGGCGGCGACACGCUGUGGGCGUCGGGCUACGAGCUCUACGACCGCUUCAGCGCGGCCUACCAGACCUUCUUCGAGGGCCUGACGGCGAACUUUGUGGGCGACGGCUUCCUCAAGGCGGCCGCCGCGCGCCCGGACAAGUUCCAGCUCUACGAGGCGGCGCGCGGCAACCCGGCCAACAGCGGCGUCGACCUGGAGGCCGUGCACCCGGUCGUGCGCACGAACCCCGUGACGGGCUGGAAGUCCAUCUUUGCCAUUGGCAACUUCCCGAAGCGCAUCAACGAGCUCAGCGCCAAGGAGAGCCGGGAGCUGCUCGACCUCUUCUACAAGCGCAUCGAGGAGAACCACGACCUGCAGGUGCGCUUCAAGUGGCGCAACCAGAACGACCUGGCCAUCUGGGACAACCGCAGCGCCUUCCACAGCGCCACCAACGACUACGACGGCCUCGGCGACCGCUUCGGCCACCGCGCCGUCGGCAUCGGCGAGAAGCCGUACCUCGACCCCAACAGCACCACGCGGACGGCCAGCCUGGCCAGCAAGGCGCAGUAG